AGGUUGUGCAGAGAGGGCUGUGGCCACUGAUAACUCCCUCACUCAGCUGCUGAGGAGCUCAGAAAAGCCUGCUCCAAACUUUUCAGCUGUUGACAAGCUUGACUUGCUGAGAACACUGGUUAAAUAUAGCCUGAGCAAGCCCAGCUUCACAAAGUCAUUGCUCGAACACUGUGGGAAGAAGAGAAGAAGAAGGAGAAACAUAAUCUCAGAACCAAACUGCCGGAGCCAAACAACACCUAGCAACAGUUGAAAAAACUUUUAAACAAAAGUCUGGGUGGGAGACUUGAGGUAGUACGACCUCCUGUCUCUGCUGAUUGGGGUUCCAGGAAGACAAAAGUUCACCUCUUCUUUCUUCUUGAUUCCCUGCAUGAUUUUUAUCUGCUGCUUAGACAGACCUAGGAACUGGAAGAAAGAAACCUAUUGCUGUGGAUUUCACGGAGCAGGAGAUUUUUCUUGGAUUUCCAGCUAAUUUGUGCUGUGGAACAAUCCACCGGACUUCUGGAAGGAUAAACUGUCACUUGCCAAAGAACCUAGAGUGUUGCUGUCAGGUGGGAAUGAGAUCCCGAAAUCAAGGAGGUGAAAGCUCAUCAAAUGGGCAUUUGUCCUACCCUCAACCCUCUACCCUCACCAUUGCUGAAGAUAAAAACCUUCCAGAAGAUGCAAAGAAAAAGAAAAAAGCAAAUAAAAAGGAGGGUGAUGUCAUGGUCUCAGCUACUGUCAAACGACACUUGAAAACAUCUGGAGAAAGAGAAGAGGGGAACAAGAAAUCUCUAGAGUUAUCCAAAGAAGAUCUCAUCCGACUGCUUAGUAUAAUGGAGGGAGAAUUGCAGGCCAGGGAAGAUGUGAUCCACAUGCUGAAGACAGAAAAAACCAAACCUGAAGUUUUAGAGGCUCAUUAUGGAUCUGCAGCACCAGAGAAUGUCCUUCGGAUUCUGCACAGAGAUGCCAUCCUAGCCCAGGAAAAGUCCAUAGGAGAAGAUGUAUAUGAGAAACCAAUUUCAGAGCUGGACAGGCUUGAAGAAAAACAAAGAGAAACUUAUCGGCGCAUGUUGGAACAGCUUCUAUUAGCAGAAAAGUGCCACAGGCGCACUGUUUAUGAGCUAGAAAACGAGAAGCACAAGCAUACAGAUUACAUGAACAAAAGUGAUGACUUCACCAACCUCCUGGAGCAGGAACGUGAAAGGUUAAAAAAGCUUCUUGAACAGGAGAAGAUCUAUCAAGCUCGAAAAGAAAAAGAAAAUACCAAGAGGCUCAAUAAACUGAGAGAUGAACUAGUGAAACUCAAGUCAUUUGCCCUCAUGCUGGUAGAUGAAAGACAAAUGCAUAUUGAACAACUUGGUCUGCAAAGCCAGAAGGUACAAGACCUCACACAGAAACUAAAGGAAGAAGAGGAAAAGUUGAAAGCUAUAACCUCAAAGUCGAAAGAAGAUAGGCAAAAACUGCUUAAGUUAGAAGUGGACUUUGAACAUAAGUCUUCAAGGUUUUCUCAAGAGCAUGAGGAGAUGAACGCUAAAUUGGCUAAUCAGGAAUCACACAACAGACAGCUUCGGCUUAAACUAGUGGGUUUAACUCGAAGAAUUGAGGAACUAGAAGAAACCAACAAGAAUCUUCAGAAAGCUGAGGAAGAACUUCAGGGGCUAAGAGAUAAAAUAGCCAAAGGGGAAUGUGGGAACUCCAGUCUUAUGGUGGAGGUAGAAAACCUCCGGAAGCGUGUGCUGGAAAUGGAGGGCAAAGAUGAAGAAAUCACCAAAACAGAAUCACAGUGUCGAGAACUGAAGAAGAAGCUUCAAGAAGAAGAACAUCAUAGUAAGGAGCUCAGGCUUGAAGUUGAGAAGUUACAGAAGAGAAUGGCUGAACUGGAGAAGCUGGAAGAAGCUUUUAGUAAGAGCAAAUCAGAAUGCACACAGCUGCAUUUGAAUUUGGAAAAAGAGAAAAACUUAACCAAAGACCUUAUAAACGAAUUGGAAGUGGUGAAGAGUCGAGUUAAAGACCUUGAAUCUUCAGAAAGUCGAUUAGAAAAGGCUGAAAUGAGUUUAAAGGAUGAUCUAACAAAGUUGAAGUCAUUUACUGUAAUGCUGGUUGAUGAAAGGAAAAAUAUGAUGGAAAAAAUAAAACAAGAAGAAAGAAAAGUGGAUGGGCUCAAUAAAAAUUUUAAGGUGGAGCAAGGGAAGGUUAUGGAUGUGACUGAGAAACUAAUUGAUGAAAGUAAGAAGCUUUUAAAACUUAAAUCUGAAAUGGAGGAAAAGGUAUAUAGCUUGACAAAAGAGAGAGAUGAGUUAAUGGGAAGAUUGAAAAGUGAAGAAGAAAAAUCCUCAGAGCUGAGUUGUAGUGUUGACCGAUUAAAGAAGAGGCUGGAUGGCAUGGAGGAAGUAGAGCGAGAAAUAACCAGAAGCAGAUCCCGAAAAGGACCUGAACUCAGCUGCCCAGAAGAUAACAAGAUUAAAGAAUUAACAUUGGAAAUAGAAAGACUGAAAAAGCGUCUCCAACAAUUAGAAGUAGUUGAAGGAGACUUGAUGAAGACUGAGGAUGAGUAUGAUCAGUUGGAACAAAAAUUCAAAACCGAGCAGGAUAAGGCUAACUUUCUCUCUCAACAGCUAGAGGAGAUAAAGCACCAGAUUGCAAAAAAUAAGGCAAUUGAAAAAGGUGAGGCUGUGAGUCAAGAAGCUGAGCUAAGACACCGAUUCCGUUUGGAAGAGGCCAAAAGUCGUGACUUGAAGGCUGAAGUACAAGCUCUAAAAGAAAAGAUUCAUGAGUUAAUGAACAAAGAAGACCAGCUUUCUCAGCUACAGGUGGACUACUCAGUUCUUCAGCAAAGAUUUAUGGAAGAAGAAAGCAAGAAUCGAAACAUGGGACAGGAAGUCUUAAAUUUGACAAAAGAAUUAGAGCUCUCUAAGCGUUAUAGCCGAGCACUAAGGCCAAGUGUGAAUGGAAGAAGGAUGGUAGAUAUUCCUGUGGCAUCUACUGGAGUGCAGACAGAUGUAGUCAGUAGUGAAGCAGCAGAGGAAGAGACGCCAGCUGUAUUUAUAAGAAAAUCCUUUCAAGAGGAAAAUCAUAUCAUGAGCAAUCUGAGGCAGGUAGGGCUAAAGAAGCCCAUGGAGCGUUCAUCUGUACUGGAAAGGUAUCCUCCAGCAGCAAAUGAGCUAACAAUGAGAAAAUCUUGGAUCCCAUGGAUAAGAAAAAGAGAAAAUUGUCCCCAAACAACUCCAGAAAAAGGACCUCGAGCUAAUUCUAGUCCAGGACAUCCGGGAGAAGUGGUUCUUUCACCAAAGCAGGGACAACCUCUUCAUAUCCGGGUGACUCCUGAUCAUGAGAAUAGCACAGCUACUUUGGAGAUAACCAGUCCAACAUCUGAAGAAUUUUUUUCUAGCACCACCGUCAUUCCUACAUUAGGAAACCAAAAACCACGGAUCACCAUUAUUCCCUCACCAAAUGUCAUGUCUCAGAAAUCAAAAGGAAAUGACACAACAUUGGGGCCAGAACGAGCCAUGUCACCUGUCACAAUAACUACAUUCUCAAGAGAGAAGGCCCCUGAAGGUGGCAGGGGAGCCUUUAUGGAGAGACCCACAUCCCCCAUUCAGAUAAUGACAGUGUCAACAUCUGCUGCACCAGCAGAAAGCUCUGUAUCUCCAGAAUCAAAAGAAAUGCCCAUAGGAAGGACCGUCUUCAAAGUUACUCCAGAAAAACAGACUGUUCCAACUCCAGUAAGAAAAUUCAACUCUAAUGCCAACAUCAUAACCACGGAGGACAACAAAAUUCACAUUCACCUGGGUUCCCAAUUUAAACGAAACCCUGCGACAUCUGCUGAAGGGGCAAGUCCACUCAUUACAGUUAGACCAGUCAAUGUGACAGCUGAAAAGGAGGUUGCCACUGGGACUGUCCUUCGUUCUCCUAGGAACAACCUUUCCUCAAGACCUGGAGCAAGCAAAGUGACAAGCACCAUCACUAUAACACCUGCUACUACAUCCUCCACCAGGGGAACACAGUCAAUGUCAGGACAAGACGGGUCAUCUCAGAGGCCUACACCCACUCGCAUUCCUAUGUCAAAAGGUAUGAAAGCAGGAAAGACAGUAGUGGCAGCCCCAGGAGCAGGAAAUCUGACCAAAUUCGAGCCUCGAGCAGAGACUCAGUCUAUGAAAAUAGAACUGAAGAAAUCUUCAGCCCGCAGCACUACCUCUCUUGGAGGGGGGAAGGGCUGAGGGCAGUGGCUAAGGGGAAAGCAUCAUCAUCCAUCAGUUACAGAUGAACUCUAGAUGAAAAACACCACCAAGAAUGUACUUUGUAUGUGCAUCUCCUCUGAACCCCAGUUGGAUGAAUAUUUCUUCUGCAGCCCUUUGCCAUCAUCAUGGUCUUCUAUGCUACUGAUCACUAAUGGAAAUAAUUUACUACUUCCAAUGAAUGUUUGGGGAGGGGGGGUAAAAUUUUAAAAGCUUUUAGGUUCCUUGAAUGUGGAAAUUGGUAACUAGAACAACACAGUCAGUCUGACAACUGAAUUUCAUUCUCCUAUUUGCAAAGCUUUCAGGUCCAUGGGCACAUGCUUGUAUUUGUUGUUAUUUGCUAUGUAAUUUAUUUUAAAAGUAUACUUUGUAAUGUAAUUUUUUCAUUUUCAUAGUCAAUGGCACAUGGAAUUGGUGAAUAUAUUAUCAAUUCCUCAAAGUGUUGAUAUUUUGUUUUCAAAAUGAUAAAAAAAAUGUAAUCCUUUUUUUCCUUUUGAUUGAACUAGGUUAUUUUUAAGGAAAACAAGAAAUAAUAUUCUGUACAAUUCCCAGGAUGAAUUUGUAGAUAAGACUUAAGCACAAGAUCCUAGAGAGGAUUUAUUUUUUUACAUAGUGCUGUGGUUCUGAAUGUGAUUCAAUACUAACAAAUAAUAGCUAUGGAAUAUGUUCUGAUUUACAAACUUGAUUUAAAAUAUUUUCCAGUAUUUGUGGAAGCUGCUGUUACUUUAAUAUGUUCUUUGCCAAAACCCCAAAUUUUAUGCUAAUUAUACUAGGAAAUGAUACACAAUUGAAAUGCGGAAGCUUAACCUGACAUUAACCUGAUACAUUGUAACUUAAAAGCCAAUAAAGGCAUACCCCACUUAACUUGGUUCUGUGAAAAUAUGAUUUAAGGCAGAGCAACAUUGGAAGGGGGAAAAGAAUGUUACUGGCUGCUGAGGCUUCAAGCACCAGUUUAGGCUAGAUCAUUUCAAACCAAUUGAUUUACAUCUCAGGGCAAUGGCUGAACAAUUUUAUAUGAAGGUUUCUCAAUGUUAUGAUUGGGUUUGGUUACAGCACAUAAUUGAUGUUAUUGCAAAAUGACAUCUGUCAGGGCAUGGUUACACAAAAUAUAAGCCUGUAGUUUCAUACUGAUAAUUGAAAUGUUUCUCUAUGUAGUAAAUGUAGGCAAGUAUAGGUAAAAAAAGCACUGUAUGCAGCUAGCCUAGCCUUAGUGAGGUUAGGAUUUUGUUAUACCCUCAGAGCUUUUCAUAUAUGAAAGUUUGAAGAUGAAAAGUGACUAACCAUGAUGAAAAAUAAAUUAAGCACAGUUCUUAUCCACUGGGUUGAAUAGAUGAUUAUCAUGGCAAAUCUUUAUGAACUAUUUUAAAAGUUGAGAGAUGUGAUUUCUAAAGCCAGACAAUAUACUUUACUGAAAUCUCAUUGUCAGACAUCCUAUUGAAUUUAUUUUUACAUGAAAAUUUGCCCCAAAGUUUACUUGAAAUGAUGACGUAUUUGUUUUUCUUUAACCUUUUGUCAAUAGCCCUGUAACAAAACAUAAUUAUCUGGGAGCAGUGUUAAAGGAGAAUGAACCUAACAAAUUAAAAACUAAUAGGACAUAUUUCUAAUUUUAUCUAUAUAUAUUAUACAAAUAAUAAAAUAUUACAGUUAAAGAAAACUUCAUUUUCAGUACCAGAAGGAUGAUAAAAUCAACAUAAGUAACACUGUGAUGAGGUUAUUUCUUAAAUUUUCAAAGCAAGGAGUCCAUAAUAUUAUGAAUUUGAAAGAAGAACCUCUUGCAAGGUUGAAGAGGAAUGGGAGAAUUCAGAAAUUCUAUGACAAGGACAGAUUUUCCCUUUAUGUAAAUUUAGAAAGUGAAUAAUUGUGCCUUAUAAAAAACAAGGAAAUCACAUUCAACAUAUAUUAUAUUAUCAGGUGGCCAUGUUUUAUGUUUAAAUAAUUUUGAUUUUCACAAAGAAAAAGGAAUAUUAUACAUUAGUUCUGGUCCAAAUGAACUAUGAUAGCAUUGCCAUAACAUAAGAUUUUGGAUUGCAGAUCAAAAACAAUAUUAUACAUAUGUGGGAGGUUGAUGAUAUUGUUAUUAUUGUGAUUUGUUUUCUAAGAAAGUUGAAUCAUAAUGACAUUACAAUUCAGAAAAACUAUGUAAUGUUAUAUCUGAGGUUUAUGAUUAAGUGUCUUUUUCUCAGAUGCUUAUACUUCUGAUACAAAAAUUUGUUCUACAAUGAAAUCUUGCAUUCAUUCAAUUUAAUAGCUCUUCUCCUCUACCUCUAUAUAAUAAAUAUCACAGGUUUGUAGGUGUUUCCAAAUACUAUGAAAUAAUGAUAAAAAGAACAAAAUUUCAAAUAGUUUUCAAAUCUUGUCACAAAACAUUGACUAUUCACAGAAAUGUGAUAGGCAAUCUAUUAUAUUUUUACCUAAAAUAAUUUUUUUCCUAUUAUAUUUGGAAAGUACUACAUUAUCUCAAAACAAGAAAGGCUAAGAAUAAUGGCUAUAAUCAGAGAUAAUUUAGUUGAGGUUUAUGUAUCUAUACAUUCUAUGAUGAAAGAUUCUGUAUCCCAAAUUGGAAUCUGAAAGCAAGAAAAUUGACCCUGACAUAUUAAUUUAAAAAUUGAUUUUGUGUAAGAAGGUACAGAAUUAAUAAAGAUGAGAAAGCUUUACACGGUGAAAUGUAUAACAAUAGGAUCCAUAUUUAUAAAAUUAUAGAUUUAGAGCUAGAAGGAGUCUUUGAAGCCAUCCAGUCCAAUGUAUUCAGCAAAAACCAAACAAGUUCACAAAUAUAUCAACCUAUAACACCCUCAUUUAGUAUCCAGGUUAUCUUUGCACAAUCCCUUUUCCCAUUCUAUCCCUAUAUCUGAUAAUAUGAAUAGUGCCUUUUGCUAGAAUACUCUUUUUGGACUGCCCCAGGUAAGUUCUGAAUCAUGAGUAUUUACCAGGCUAUCUAUGUUUAUUCUUAUUAUAAUGGCUCCAGAAACUUCAGUCAUUAUUGCUGGCAUAGAUAGGACAUUAGCAGUUCAAGUUGUUAUUGUUAUCAAAAUUGUUAUUGUCUAAUUCUGUGUUUGUAGCAACUAUAACAGGGCAGGUGAUAUGCUGAAAAGUCGUGGCAACAGGUAAAAACUUGAAAUUCUCAACUGUGGCAGGAAUAAAGAUAAGAGGAUGACUGGCAACAGAGGGUGAAUAAGUUGUCUCCUUAUGAAUAUUUGUGCCUCAGUCUGUAAGUGUCCUAGGCUCACAAAAUGUUGGUAUCUGUUAUAAGAACUCCAUCAUAAUCAUCAUUACACUAGAUAUUAAUCCUUUAAAAAUUUAAUGCUCCCCCAAUGGAAUUAUACUAAAAUUUUUGGUUCACAUCACCAGAAGCUUUUUUCUUAACAAUGAAACAUUGCUGAAUCAAUCUAUUGUUGUACUUAAUUCACUAUAUAAGAUAUUACAGAAAGAAAAUAUCCUGAAAUAAUUCCCUAUGCUGUCCCCCAAGAUAUUGAUAAAAGAUUUAUUUUUAUGACAAACCAAAUUUCAGAAUGAUAGCCCUAAUUACCCAUAUGUGAAGAAUUUAUAACAGGACUUAGCUUUAGAAAAUUAUCAAUUUGAAAGAAACAUUAACCUGAAUUGAUUAUGCAACAUAAUAUCUUAAGCCUAAGUAGAAAAACCUUGAUCUGAAAAGAAUUUCAUAACCACCUAAAAGUACUAUGUUUACAAAUCAAAGAAAGAAAAUUACAAAAAGAAAAAAUCACAAUAAACCCAUAAAAUAGGGGAUUUGGAGAAAUUAAUCUUGCUUUUUAGACUUUGACAUUUGUAUUUUCCAAAUUCCAAAGCACUUAGCCCAUAACUCUGUGAUUUCAUGAAAGCUAUUUUAUUUUAUUUUUUACUUAGAAAAAUACUAUAGGUUCAUUCAUUUUGAACUGAAACAUUCAAGGUGUCAUAACAUGCAACAUUUAUUCUUGUGUUAUUUCUUGUAUGUUAUUUGGGAAUUUUAUUAUUUAUGCAUUUGGUUUUUCAGCACUGCAAUUUUAUAGUCUAUAUUUUGGUUUAAAGAAUUUAAGCUAGAUUCUUCCACACAAAGAAGCCUACAAUAUGAUCAAAUAUGUUAUUAGAAUUUGUGGAGAUUUAAUGUAUUAUCAGAAAAAAAAUACAUCUGAAAACAUUUGGAAGUACACUUUACUUUCCUAAUACUUGUAACAGAGUGUACACUUAAUAUUGCCUCCUUUGAAUUGUAUUGAGAGAAUUGUAAUAAUUAUUUUCAAAUGAAACCUAUUAAAUUGUGCAUAUACCUAUAUUUAUAUGAAUGCAAUAUCCUGCCUUAAAUUUUUCACUGACUAGUGAAUUCAUUUAACUAAUUAAGACAUUUGGAGAUUUAGUUCUAAAAUUAACAGUAGCAAUCAAAACCUUACCAGUGUGGGAAAAAUAAGGUUUGUAAAACAAAUGCAUUGUGCAAUAUUCCUUUUGAGUUGAAACAAACCAUAGAAAAUAAAACCAUGUUUUAAAUGAG